AUGGGAGGCGGACAGCGGCGGUGGGUGGCGGCAGGUGGCGGCCACCGGCGGCGGCUGACAAGUGGGCGGCGGGUGGGCGGCGGGUGGGCGGCAGCUUUUCUUCUUCACUUUCGUCGUCAAUGGCUCCGGAAACCACCGGUGAAAAGCGGAAGGCCGGUCGCAGCGGCCGGGUCCCGAGACCCCCUCCGCCUCCUCCUCCGCCCUCCCGCCUCUCGCCUCCGUUCUCCGCCCUCUAGCCUCCGGCUCCCCCCUCUCGCCUCCGCCUCGUCGCCUCAGCCUCGCGGCCUCCGCCCUCUCACCUUCUGCCUUCGUCCUCCCGCCUCCGCCUCGUCGCCUCCCCCUUGCGGCCUCCUCCUCAACCACGUGGCCUUCGCCCUCCCGCGCCUGUCCUCUCGCCUUCGCCUCCGCCAGCCUCGCGGCCUCCGCCUCCGCCCUCCCACCUUCCGCCUUCGUCCUCCCGCCUCCGCCUCCUUCUCCACCCUCCCGCUCGUUGCCUCCCCCUCGCGGCCUCCGCCUCGUCGCCUCAGUCUCGCGGCCUCCGCCUCCGCCCUCUCGCCCCCGUCCUUCUGCCUCCGCCUCAGCCUCGUGGCCUCCGCCGGAGAAAAGUUGCCUUCGCCCUCCCGCUUCCACCUCCCCAAUCAGUCAAAUUUUUUUUUGUUGGUGUUAAGACAAAUAAUUGUCGGGGGUUUGUGCAAUGAGUUGAAGAUUAUAUUGAGAAAUGCAGGAUCUAUUCGCCUAAAAAUGUGGACGCAGUCAAUUCUGGAGAGGCAUCAAGCGAAAAUGAAGAAUUGGCAAUCAUAAAAGAAGAUUUGAAGUUAAU